AUGGAGCCAGAAGUUCAAGGAACUGGGGGACCAGAGAUGGGGGCCCCGAAGACUUGCAGGGAGGAGAGCCAUCGAUCCAGGGGCGGCCAGAGGGGCGGGGGUUUGGGGAGCCUGAAGCCAGGACCCCCGAUCUAUGCCCACACACUGCUGUUUUCCUGGCAUGGAGGACUCGGCCAGCUGGGGCUGGGGGCUGGAGGCCAGUGCUCUCCCUUAGCCAGCCCGGAGCCCCAGAGGGCCACCGGGGGGUCUUGGCGUUGUUUGGCCCUGGGCCAGGGCCCCCGCCGGUCGGACGAUCCCUCCCGGGAGCUGGGCCCAGAGCGAGACCGUGAAGGAGAAGCCGCCGGAGCCGACACACCCACCGGGGGCCAGGAGCCCGGCCCGGCACCACACGGGACUGAAGAGGGGUCGUCCGAGGGCAGCGCAUCCAUCUCCACUGCAGAUGACUGUGCCCUAAGCACCGAUGGUGGGGUCGAAGAGCUGGAGGAUGAGGAAGAUCUCUCUCCCGUGGGACCCAAGUUGGUGGACUACGAUUCUGACUGGGAGGAGGAGGAGGACGAGGAUUCCAGCACAGGCCCGUGGCUCUCGGCCCUGACCCCCCCAAACAGUCCCCACGGCUUGGUGGUCCCUGGCUCUGAGCCCCCGCUGCUGCUGCUGCCCGCCCGGGACUGCUGUGCCACUGGCUGCAGUGCUCAGGACUUGGGCCUGAGCCCCUCGCUCUUCUCCUCGCCCAGUCACCUGCUGUCCGGCCAAACCCAGCCUGAGGGGAUCGAGAGCGUUUCCCAAGCCCUGUUUGAAGAUGUGUGCCUGAACCUCUCCACGGGCACCCUGUGGACGAAGGACCCUUGGACCUCGGUGAGUGACUUCUCGUCCUCCUCAGAGGAGGACGGGGACUGCGUCUGGAGACCCAUCGAGCGGGACCCCAAGCCAUCGCCCGCCAGGCCCCAGACCAAGAGGGCGGCGGAGCCGGGUCGGCGGCCGGUGGCCCCGAACCCUCCGUGUCCCUUCCUGUUGAAGAAGAAGUGUGUCAACGGAUUCAUCAUGUUCUGCCGCCUCAACCGCAAGCAGUACAUUCGCUCCAAGGCUCGAAGGUUCAGCCGCCUGCACAACCGCAUCGUGCGCAGCGAUAAUUCCAGCAGCGACGAGGAGCUGCCGCCCCAGAAGCCCUUCUACCUGCUCCUGGCUGAGAAAGCGCACUGCUUCCCUCCCCCCGGCACCCUGUGA